GAUUUCAAGACUGAAGGCAACCAUAAAUGGAAGAACGCAAUAUCAGAUUCCGACAUGAUUAUGUGCCAACUUUGUAUCAAGACGGGCCUUUAAAUGUUUCUCCACACGACAGCUUUAACAUUGGAAAUCAUUUUAAUUCACUGACCACUCAUAAAGUAAUUCUGCCAAAACCGAAAGAAAUAAGAAUUCUCUUUCCCCUGAUGGAAUCGAAUAUGACGGAACGAAUGCCAUGGAUGGCCCGUCUGUGCCACCUGCAAGGACGAGUUGAUCAUCGUCUGACAAAAGUGCUAAAGGACAGAGGAACAGCAUGCAAUCACGGCCAUUUGCUGAUACCAGAUUACGUUGUACCUGGUUAUACUGGUUGCCUACAAAAGAAUCCAGCUUCAUCUGCUCACAUUUUUAAACGCUGCUGCCCGAUGGCAAAUUACGAUUAUGACGUCAUUCAGAAAACCCUGCCGUAUGAAUUUCAGAACGCUGGAGAUCCUUGCAGGCAAAUCACACCUAUUGUUCCAGGACUGCGACUUAGCUUGGGUCGUAAAGAGUGGACAUAAUGUUUCAAGGAAUAUCAGCUUAAAAUUGUUGCUUCGGGUAUUCAAGGAAUAAUACAGAUAAGAGAAUUUUCGGUGGUAUUGUUUCCAAAAGAACGUUGAAUAUAAAAUAUGAAUGAAUUGAAAGCUACAAUAAUUUUCCACAUAAAUAAAUAACACAGAAUUUCAAAAUGUCUU